AUGGUGUCCGACACAAUUAUCGCAGCCUUCGUCCAGGGGGGUUGUGGGAUUAUUUCAGCAAUACUGACGCCUAUAGUCACACAUAUCAUUCAACGCCUCUGGCAGGGACAGGCCGCAACCCAACCUGCCCAGAGUUUUGGCUGGAUCUUUAAUUUUUGGCAACGCUCGUCGCCGAGAGCCAACCCUCAUAGAGAUCCGGAUCCCGAGCUGGGUCUUGGGGUGAACGAUGUGCCAAUGAUUGACUGGACAGGGAUUGCGGAGUCGUGGUACAGCUUCCACUGUGAACUUUGA